AUGCCUCGAACCAAGCGAGAGAAAGAAGUAUCGUUGACGAAAGUAAAAAAGAAGACUAAGGAAGCUAAAUCGGGGAUGAUCAAUGAGGUCAAGCAUUGUGCUGAAAGUUACGAGAAUCUCUACGUGUUUUCUGUGGACAAUAUGAGAUCCGAUUUGUUUUUGGAAGUACGGCAACACUUCAAAGCAAAUUCGCGUUUCUUCUUUGGCAAGAACAAUGUGAUGGCGGUCGCGUUGGGACGAACAAAAGAAGCGGAAUGUCAAAAGAACUUGCACAAAAUGGCUAACUCGUUAAAAGGACAGCGUGGAUUGAUGUUUACUAAUGUGCCGGAUGAGAAGGUAAUCAAGUACUUUGAAGAAUUUCGACACAAGGAUUUUGCGCGAGGAGGACAAGUGGCAACGGAAACCAUAGAGUUGAGCGAGGGUCCUUUACCACAAUUUUCAUUUUCAAUGGAACCACAACUGCGGAAGCUUGGAUUGCCAACAAAACUUGAAAAGGGACAGAUUGAACUGUAUAAGGAUUUCCACGUGUGCUCGGAAAACGAAACCCUCAAUGCCGAACAAGCUAAAAUACUCAAAAUUCUUGGGAUCAAAAUGAGCGAGUUCCGCUUUGUUCUUCACAAAAGAUGGCAGCGCUCGACUGGGAAAAUUCUGGAAAUUGAAGAA